CCUGGAGGCAGCGCUUACUAUGGAGAAGAAUUUCUCAGUCAUGUUCACUCCCUGGUCUGGAAAACCAUCCUCAAACAUCAUAGAGAAAAUGGAGGAGGCCUUCCGGAAGCUUCAUCCAGCCUUCACAGACUACAUCUUUACUGACCCGCGUGGAGGUCAUUUGUUGCCCCAGACAACAGACUGGAGUCAACCUUCAUCCACACAGAGUUACUUCCUCACCCUUGGCUUCAGAAGGAGAAAUGAUGGAGACUUCCUACAUAAACUUCUCCACAGGAGGUGUCCCACAUUCACAGGGCAAAGAUCUCCAUUCACGCCUCCCAGCUAUAGAGACCUAGAAAUGAUGUUUGAGAUGCAAGGAAAGAAGAUCCUGCCAGUUCUAGAUUUCAUUAAGUGCACCAAGCUAAGUGUGGGAUUUUCCCAAGGAUCUGGACUCAUAGAGCGACUGCAGUAUGCUAGUGUCCUAGGACAGCUGAAUAAGUUCAGAGAACAUAUGCAUGUACUGCAGUACACACUGGCUGAGCUGGCGGUCGCACCCUACCUUCAGGACAUCAGUCCUUCUGACACAGAGCUGCUGCUGGCUCUAAUGGCAGACACCAUGGACACCCUUGAAGGCAAGCGGCCUGAUCAGGAACGUGUGUGGAAUGCAAUGCAAAAGGUGGAGGCAGUGAAGGAGAUGCUUUAUCAGCUAGAGGAGACCUACCUGAAGAAGAAGGCACUGAGAGCCACCAGACAGCAAAAGGCUAAAGAGAAGAAAGCCCUGAAAAAGCUGUCCCUCAGGAGUCCCUCCACACCACCCCAGGGCCAACUGAAUGCAGGACCCUCAGCCCAGUCAUCCAAUAAGAGUACUGAUACGCUGCAGUGGCCUCUCUUUCUCUGAUCUACUCUGUCUGGCACUCCUCCGCCUACCACUGCUCCUC